AUGGAUGACAAUGGAAAGGAGUUCUUUGUAGGUUGGGAGUCGAAGGUUAUUAGUCUACAUAGCGACAAUAUUCCGAGUACUUGGGUAUUGGACGAGAAACUGGCUGAACUGUAUCAUCAGCACACAGCUUAUGAACAUCAUCUGCGUCCCAGAGUAGCGGCCGCCUACGGAACUUUCAGCUGCCAUGAGUUGAGCGAUUCAUCAUCUAAAGGGAUAAUCAAGGCUUUCAUGCACUCCGCCCCAAAGCUGCUACACGUGAAGAAAGAUGAACAGGAUCACACGGGCCCAGUUCCGGGCGGUCUUCUCCACUAUCUCCUGAUCCAACGCCCCCCAGGAAAGUAUCUGAACCAAGAGAUCUUCUGGAGUAUGGACGGACAGAAUAGGAACACGGUCCGAAAUGCCUUCAAACGAGCGUGGUUGAACUGCGUUAGCGCAGGCUUCAAACCUGCGAUGUCAGCUAUCGAAAAUCUUAUCUGGGAUGCUGAAAAAGGCAAUAUGUGA